AUGUUUCUUUUCAAGCCAUUUCGAACCCAGGAGAACCUUUCAGCCAAUGCUUCAGCCCCAGUGAUCAUUGACGUCAACAAGAUAGGUGUCCUGGACCAAACUACCAAACCGGAAGCCAUAGAUAAGACUCCACAGAGCAAUGACGGACGAAGAGGGCUGUUUGGAAUGUUUUCGUUUUCCAAUUCGAAAAGCACAGAUGGCAGUUUGAACCGCAAGGCUGUUGGCAGCAGUGGUCCCGCUCUGGACAAGGUGAUUACCAUGAAGGACGACUUGGAUUUUGUGGACAUCCAGGUAAGGAAGCUGUCUUAUGCUGAAGCAGCAGCGCUCAACCCCAAACAAAAGGUCCAAUUUCGUUCGGGACGCUCUGCAAAGGGUUCAGUUGACAACACUAGAGAGCCAUUGGUCGUCAAUGACUCGGAAUUGGGUGCUUCCAUCACCGAUGUGGAGUUGCUGGAGCAUCAAACUAGAAACAGCAAGUAUAAGAUAUCCUACCAAGAUUUACUCGACCAGCAGGCUGAGUCUAUCGUAAACGAGGAAGUUGCUUGUCAUGAUUUUGAGCCAGCAAUCUAUGAAGCUGAUGAAACCGAAUUGAACUACAACUUAAAGAAGCUAGUUCCCAAAAAGAAGUUACGAAAGAUGAAGAAGCUUCAAAAGAAAUGA